AUGUCAUCCCCAGGGAUUGGCGUCUUUGUGGAAUAUACCUCGACUGCCAUUUCCUUAAUAUGCCUACCUAUCAAUAUUUUAUUUGUCAUAAUUGUACUGCGAGAACCGAAACAUCCAAUACUCGGGACCCCAUUUUUUCGGCUUUGCAUUCACUUAUCAAUGGCCGACAUUUUGAUGGCCCUGUUCUCGCUGAUCCUGUUCAAAAUGCCAAUCUUUGGCUGGUUGCCGGAUUCGAUUUUUACCGAAAGCUGGGCAGUGGUGCCGAUAGCCGGCAUCAAUUACCUGGUGCACGCACAAGCCAUCGGGAUUAUUUUCAUCGCGAUAAACCGAUUCACCGCCGUCUACUACCCAAUCCAACAUAAACAAGUCUGGUGGAAACCUUCGACAACAACCCUACUCCUAAUUAUACAAUGGACGAUCCCGGUGCUGGUCGUAAUCCCGUUAUUCUUCACCAAAUUCUCCUUCGUAACAGACCAUGUGACGGGCUCUGUAUCCGUCACAGCCAAAGAUCCAGUGGUUCAUAAAGCCUAUUUUAUGGGCGUUGCGUUUGUUGAUGGGGUUGUGAUAAACGUCAUCGUUUCCGCGUUGUAUAUCGCAAUGUUUGUGAGAGUUAGGUCCCAUGUUGUCGUCAGACGCCCGGAACAACUAGUCGCCCGGCUGGCCCUAUCGGCAUUUGUCAUUUUUGUGUCGUAUUUAGCGCUGGGAGUAUUUUCGAUACUUUCUGCUCUGGCGCCUCCGACAGAGACUUGGUCUUAUAACUACAGAACAUUAUGGUUUGUCGUUAACGACGUCCUCUGUGCCAGCAACGCUCCAGUACUUCUAAUUCUAAACCGACCAAUUCGAAGAAUAUUCCUCAGCCGGAUAGGAAUCGAGAACGAUUUACCGAAAUCCCCUGUGACGAAAGAGAGCUUGGUACCCCUCGACACCCGGCUU